CGGUUACCUCUUUCCACUUGCGCUUCGCCUCCCUUGAAUCUCCGUAUUCCCAUGCCGCCAGAAAAAGCCCUAGCUCAUCGUCCCCGCCGGCCUCUAUGGCCCCUCACUGUCGCGUGAUCUCAAACCUUCGGCGGUUUCAUUUCGUUAGGGAACCGGAAGAUUUGUCCAAUAAAUCAAACGCCUCAUUUUUUUGCUGAUCUCGAUCGAAACGAACAGAGCAAGAAGAUCUGUGUGCUGAAUACGUUUAUGAAAAAUGGCACGGCUCUUAAGCAAUGAUCAGUUCAGUUUUGAAACGCCAGAAAAUGAGGCUGCUAUCACUAAAAAAAUUCCUCUCUCUGAACGCACCAACAAAUAUCCUAAUUGGUAUUCACCAGAUACAGGAAUUUGUCAUAGUGUCCAUGGCUACAGAAAACUUCCCUCUGAUCCAUUUCUUGAUGUUGUCUCCUUCAUCUUCUCCGUCCAGUUCCAACACAAUGGACAUUCGGCUCUCAUUGAUUCCUUAACUGGAAAUUCAAUAUCUUACAAAGAAUUGUUUCCUAUGGUAAAAUCCAUGGCUUCUGGUCUCCAUAACUUAGGUAUAUCACAAGGGGAUGUAGUUUUGCUUAUGUUACCAAAUUCAAUUUUCUAUCCCAUUAUUAUUUUGGGUGCCCUGUAUUUGGGAGCUGUUAUUACAACCAUGUUUCCUCAAAGCAGCUCCUCUGAAAUCAAGAAACGAAUCACUGAUUGCAAUGUGCGUUUGGCAUUUACAAUAACUCAGAAAAUCAAGAAUUUUGAAGCAUUGGGAAUUAAGACAAUUGGUGUACCAGAAAAUACGAACUUCGACUUGAUGAGGCCUAUGGGAUUUUCUUCUUUUUAUGAACUUAUUUCAAGUGGUUCUGAUUUGAUUAAAAGACCAGUGAUUAGACAAGAAGAUACAGCUGCUAUAUUGUUUUCUUCAGGUACUACUGGAGUGAGCAAAGGGGUUAUGUUAUCACAUAGAAAUUUUAUAUCUACCAUUGAGCUUUUCGUUCGGUUUGAAGCUUCACAGUAUGAAUAUUUGCCUACAAAGAACGUGUAUCUGGCUGCUAUACCAAUGUUUCAUAUCUAUGGUCUCUCCAUUUUUGUGAUGGGAUUAAUGUCAUUGGGGUCUAGUGUUGUUGUAAUGAGCAAAUUUGAUGUCAAAGAUGUGGUCAAGGCCAUUGAUAGAUUUAAGGUCACACAUUUUCCAGUUGUUCCACCUAUAUUGAUAGCUUUGUCUAGGACUGCAGAGAAAAUUGGUGUGCGUAGAUUUCGAAGUUUGAAACAAGUUUCUUGUGGGGCUGCUGCUUCCAGCAAGAAGACCAUAGAUGAUUUUGUGCAGGCUCUCUCUCAUGUUGACUUCAUUCAGGGAUAUGGCAUGACAGAGUCCACAGCUAUAGGAACCCGUGGUUUCAAUAACAAAAAGACUAGAAAUUAUUUGUCGGUGGGACUUUUAGCUCCAAACACAGAAGCUAAAGUCGUCGAUUGGGUUACCGGAUCUUCCAUGCCUCCUGGUAAAACCGGCGAACUUUUGUUACGAGGACCUGGUUCAAUGAAAGGGUACUUGAAUAAUCCAGAAGCAACAAUGUCCACUAUAGACCAAGAAAAUUGGCUGCAUACUGGAGACAUUGUCUACUUUGACCGAGAUGGAUACUUGUAUGUUGUUGAUCGUUUGAAGGAGGUUAUAAAGUAUAAAGGCUUUCAGAUUGCACCUACUGAUUUAGAAGCUGUAGUGAUCGCACAUCCUGAAGUUCUUGAUACUGCAGUAGCAGCGGCCAAAGAUGAAGAAUGUGGUGAAAUUCCAGUGGCAUUUGUGGUAAAGAAGCCAGGAAGUACACUCUCACAAAAGGAUGUUGUUGAUUACGUUGCUCAACAGGUUGCACCAUAUAAAAAAGUUAGAAAAGUGAUUUUUACGGAAUCAAUACCAAAGUCUGCUGCUGGUAAAGUACUUCGAAGGGAACUACAGAAACAUUUGCCAGCUUCUAAAUUAUGAUGAGCUCUCCAGCCAUUGCUUUUGUUCCUUUCUUUUCCUUAUAACUAAUUGGCUCUAUCACCCCAAAUAUUUGUAAUAACGGUAUUUUGUGACGAUUCCUUUAUUGCAAUUCAAUCCCUAUUCUUGAA